UGGGCCCAACACCCACCCACCCACAUCGCGUAUGCGAUGCAUCUCACAUCUGAAGUAAGUAAACACACACACACAUCAAGUCCCAGCCAGAGAUAUAUGCGACACACGCACAUCACACACACAGACCAGUACAUAGAAUAGACGACCUAUACAAAAAAACUAAUCAAACGCAGUCAGUCUGCCUGUCUGCCCAGUCAGUCACAGGUGGGCCCUCGCCACGACUGUCUGCUCCACACAAUAAGUAUAUACUAUGUCACUUGGCCGGGGCCCCCUUGGCCAUUUUCUUCUUCUCCACUCGCUGCUGCGCCCGCCGGCUGGCCCGACUGCCGCCAGAUGACGCAGACCCAGCACACACGGAGGCGGACGCCUUGGAAGCGACGGCACUGACUAGCCGCACCACCUGCAGACAGACAGACAGACAGACAGAUGGGUGAGUGAGUGAGUCGGUUUUGGUAUCGCUCACGGGGUGGUCGUCGUCGUCUGUCGUGUACCACAGGUGACCGGCAUCCAUCAGCCGCUUCAGACGCUGGAAGCAGUCCAGCUGUGGCCACGCACCGCACGCCACACAGACAGACAGACAGGCAGACAGGAAGGAAGGAGGAGCGCCGUGUGCAGAUGAUCCCUGUAAUAGCCCAUGGCUGUACUUACCUGUGCGAUGCGGUCGGCCAUGAGGUUGCUGUGGGUCUUGCCAGCGGAAACCUGCUCGUCGCCAUACCUGCACACACAGACACAUGGAGAGAGAGUUGGCAGACAAACACGUCCCGCACACGCCCACAACCGCACCCACGCACUCAUUCGUCGGUUGGUUCGUUCCCUCACACACACUUACUUGACGAUUUCCACGAGGAUUUCCGCCGCCAUGUCGCGGUAUUCUUCCUCGCGCAUCGUCACCUCCCCAGUGACGAAGCCCACCAGCGUCUGGCACACGGCGGCGGGGAGGGCCUCAUACUCGGCCAACUGCACACACACACAGGCACACAGCCAUCCCGUAUCGUGGCCAGCAGGUGUGUUGGAUUCAACCUUGCCUUGUGGGUGUGUUGGCGCGAAAUGAGCCAUAUGGUUUCGAUGCAGCGGCGGGCCACCAUACCCUUGACGUAGUCGACAGGCAUGCCGCGCAGCCCCCGCACGUCCCACUCGUUGCGUCCCAGCUGCCCGUCUGAGUCGCACAUGCGCCGCAGCAGCACCGGCACAACACCGUGGUCCAGAAGCGCCGACAGAUGACCUCCACCUGCAUGUCAGUCCAACACACACACACACACACACACACAGGUGUGUUGUUUGAGCCUCCCUCCCCCUCUCCCUCCCUCUCUCCCUCCCUCUCUCCCUCCCUCUCUCAAUGAAUUCAAUUGUGGAGGUGGCGCGCACGUGCGAGAGCGCGCGGGACGUUGACGGCCAUGCUCAUGUUGACGUAGCCCCAGCCGAUGUUCUUGGCCCCCAUGGCAGACACCAGACCCGCCAUGGCCUCGGCCCUCGGCAGAUGCUCAAACAACGGACCCAACACUGCACACGCACAGACAAACACACACGCACGCACAGCUGUCCGUUCUCUGUCAUGUACCUACCUACCGACCUUGUUUGCCCUUGUCCUCGUCGCCCUCGUAGACUACUUGCAUGGUGAGCAUGCGCCCCAGCACAUACACCGCCGCCCACUGGGCAACCGGAGUGCUGCCAGGGGACGCCAGCACGGACACCAGCGGCUCCAUGUGCGGCCUCACACGCGCCUUGAAGGCAUCCACACGCAGCUUCUCCGAUACCUCCUCUUUGCAAGCCACCACACACACACACACACACACACACAGAGAGAGAGAGAGAGAGAGAGAGAGGUCGCAGUGUGACAGGCAGCACACAGUGGGGUCCGGGGGCCGUCACCUUUGCUUACCCGACUCGUCUGCUCGUCGACUGACCUCUGCAUUAGCAAGCAGACGGAAUGCCAUCCAUUAAAGGGGCCGAGCCCGGACUCCCACCCACCCAUACACACACCUGUGAGCCUGGCGAAGCUUUGAAUGGACUCCAGGAGGCCGGCGAUCCUGUUGGCUCUCCUCUUCUCGUCCACUCCCCCCUCCAUCUGCUUGUCGCUCAAGAUCACGCUUGUCGCCUCCCCGAACAGCCGAUACCGCUCAGCAAGGCACGGCCUAUCGCGCCGGGCCUGCGUCAGGAGGUCGAUGGCGGAGUCAGCCAGCUCGAUGUGCUCGGGCGUCAUGGCCGCGACGGCAGCACGCGCUAGGAGGUCGCCGUGGCUUUCUGUGAUGGCCUCGCGGACGGCCGUGGCUUUCUCGUCCGGGGCCGAGCCCACCGAGUUGUGGUCUCGCAUCGCCCCGCUCAGCAUGCUGAACAGACCCAUCUCGAUGAAGGGGCGGUCCGCACUCGGCGCUGCGGGGAUGGCCUCCUUAAGGCGGCCCACCUCCCCCAACAGCAGCUGCUGGCCGGCCCCGCCCGCCAAGAGGUCGCAAUGGAUCUCCGACAUGGCCGCCAUGACCAUCGCUGACCGGCGGGCGAGCAAUCGCUUCUGGGGGUCGGCCGACGUGUUGCACAUGGAAUGCACCAGGCUGCUGCGGAGGCCCUGGCCGACAGCGUCUGCUUGCAUGGCCUUGAGGCUGUCCCGCACCGCUUCGUUCUUGGACCCGCCCGCCUUGUUGAGGUGACUGAGCAGCCGAUGCAGCUCACGGAGGUGCUGGCACCGCACGGCCGCGCCAUGAUGCGACGAUUGGAAACCUCCCGCGGCGGCGAGAAGAUCCAAGAGGGGAACACCGUGAGGCGUGCUGAUGUGACGGUCGGACACGACGAAAAUGGCUGCUUGGAGGAGGCUUAACG